CAGGUGGAGGAUUAUGAAGAGGAGCCUCUGUUACGGACCGGCUGUAAGGAGUACUUCUGGCUGCUCUGCAAACUCAUCGAUAACAUCCAUGUGAAAGAUGCCAGCCAGAAGGUCUCUCCCUCUCUGUCGCUGACCGGCUCGAUGCAGACCACCCUCCUGGACCUGGACGCUCUUGCCCGGCACCUUGCCGACUGCAUAAGGAGCCGAGAGAUCCUGGAUCAGCAGGACGGGAACAUAGAGGACGACGGGCUGACGGGGCUGCUGCGUCUCGCCACCAGUGUUCUCAAGCACAAGCCUCCGUUUAAGUUCUCUCGCGAAGGCCAGGAGUUUCUUCGGGACGUCUACAACCUGCUCUUCCUCCUGCCCAGCCUGGCUGAUCGCGCUCAGCCCAAAUGCAAGUCUCACUCUGCCAGAGCGGCCGCCUAUGACCUGCUGGUGGAGAUGGUGAAGGGCUCGGUGGAGAAUUACCGGCUGCUCCACAACUGGGUGAUGUCGCAGCACAUGCAGUCUUCUCACGCCCCGUAUAAGUGGGACUACUGGCCCCACGACGACGUUCGGGCAGAGUGCCGCUUCGUUGGACUUACAAACCUUGGAGCGACCUGCUACAUGGCGUCAACAAUCCAGCAGCUGUACAUGAUCCCCGAGGCCCGCCAAGCCGUCUUCACCGCAAAGUACUCUGAGGAGAUCAAACACAAGACCACGCUGCUGGAGCUGCAGAAGAUGUUCACCUAUCUCAUGGGAUCUCCUGUAGCCUCUCCUCCAGUUCGGGGGCGGGGUCACUGCCCCGAAUGCCCCAGUGACCAUGAGCAUGACUGA